AUUCCCAUUUUCACAUCAAAAUGGGAAGCAGAGAUAGUGACUUCCUCUUAUCUUUGAUUGCAUAUGCUCAUCGCAUGACAGAUGAGUUCAUGCGAACUAUAAGAGAAAUUUAUGAUGACUGGGGUAUCCUUGGCGUUGUCAUGUUUCUUCUUAUUCUGAAGUGGCUCAACGACCUCCGCCUUGACAUACUCCGACAAUCAGAAAGGGUCGUCAGGGAUAUUAGAGUGCCUGCCGCCCCUGAACCCAGGGACGCACCCAACGACACGGCCCUACACAUUCAGGGACGGCAGGGGCCGCCCUACGAUCAUCAGAGACGCCAGGACCCACCUCGCGGAAAUCAAAGCCAACAGAACCAGGGGCAGCAGAGGCCUCCAUGGCGCUAGUGAAAGGACAAUGGUUCAGACGCAGUCAACUGUUGCAGCUCAAGUGACUUCAUCCAGCCAUGGUACCUUCAGAAGAAUUGCAUGUUAACAUCUGUAAUAACAAAAUUGUGUGUGUACAGUACAGAUACCCAGUUUAAUUCUCAUAAUGAACCAUUCCUCCCCCUUGUGAAUAUGUUUCUUUUGUGUUUUAAAUAAUUGUAAGCACUUUAAAAUGCUGUACCUAAUAUAAUUUUCAUGAUAAUGGAAUGGAUAUAAACUCAUUUCUAUCAGCAAAGUAAGUAAUGUCACAAAUUAUACUGUAAGAUUUGCAAAUACACGUAUUUAGCCAAAAAGUUAUAUUCUUUCAUCUUUCUUUUUUAUGCACACGGUACAAAGAGUUUCCCACUUCUUCACAGAGUGGUUCUGCAUUACAAAAUCAUUCCUUCUUGUAGCAAUUAGCAUACUUCAGCUGUCUCUGGUGUCUUAAAACAUCUGGAACCACUAAAAACCUUGUUGUUUUGCAAGGUUCACAUUUUUACUACACUCUUCACAUAUUAAACUCUGCUGACUAGAGGACUGGAAAGAUAAACAUAUAGGAAUUAAGGUGAUACUAGAGAGAAAAUUCUGUACAUCCGUGCCUUCCAUUGCAUUCAAAAGAAAAUAUUGCCCUUUCUAUGAGCACAACCAAACGCUUGCAUUGUACCUGAGAUACAGUGUGCAUUCAGUUUUCUGUGAGUUCAUGGUGAAUUUGAAUACUGUUGUUUCACUUCAUCAUACAAUGGCAAUGAGACAUCGUUCAGAAGAUAAUGAAACUGAAAGGAGCUGAAGUGCAAGAUACUGUAUGUGACGUGGGAUUGUGCAUUCUUGGGUGCUUCGAGGAAUACCAAACAAAGGUGUGAUUCAGUUAUAUAAUAGGGGUGCAGCCUAUAUGUACAGCAAGGGAAUAACAAAAAAAGGUACAUUAAAUUUUACUAUAUUCAAAAAUAAGUUCUACUAGUGGCAUGCACAUGCUUCUACUAGCGACGUUUAAAUGCAGGAAUAUGUGUACUUUGGUCAUGAUGACUGCACCUUUCAGUGUACUGAUACAUUCACUUUGGAUAUUAAAGAUUAAAGUUAAAUACCAUUUCUCUUAACAAUAAUGCUUACUGUGUGUUAAUGCGCAGUCAUCAAAAAAGAACUCCCUUGUUUCAUGAUGCAGUAACUUGUAAAAUAUUAAACAAAGGUAAAGUUUUCCCUGCACUUAAUUAAGUAAUUAAGCACUAUGCCAUGAGGAUAUAUGGAAGAGUGGAGGUAUAGCUCCAUGAUUAUUAACCUCAGCAGUAGACAGAGCUAAGUAGUCAACUUCACACCCCCUGGUAUCCAUUGGAGAGCAGGCUGGGUGGGUGGGCCCCAGAGCCAAGCUAGACACUGUGAAGAAGAGAAAAAUCACUUCCCCUUGCCAGGAAUAAAAAAUAUGAAACAAGACACACCAUUUUUUAAUAACUGGACAAACUCUCAAUAUUUUCUCACAACCUCAAUGAAUAUCAGUGCAGGCACCAUCUCCAAUCCUGUAGAAUCAAAGCAUUACUCAGGUCCUCAGGUCUCAGAGGAGGCAGAAUUGAACAUGUUCCCUGGGCUAUGCAGUUACUCAGCGUCCUCAGCGUUACUGAGCAACACCCAAAAUCUUCAACAGAAAUUUAAGAUCCUCUGAUUGGCUCACAUUUAUGUGAUUCGAUUGAAUGUGAUAGAUGUAUUAUGAUCGAUUCCAGUCAUUUCCAGACUACAUAGUUCAUGCGUAUGAAUAUAGAUGGUUGUAAGAUUUGAGGCUUUCA